AUGAAACCCUCUGUUCGUUUUAAUACUCCCUAUGAUGACGAAGACGAAGAAGAUACUUUGCCAGAAAGGGGUGACAAUCCUCACUUGAAUUUCAGCAGAUCACCUUCAAGUUUUCGAAAUGGUCGUAAUAAUGGUAAAACUAGUCAUAACCCACAAAAACCAUUUCAAGGUCAGAACUUUGUAUUGCAUGGCUACAAUGAAUCUGAAAAACAAAAUCUAGAAAAUAUGAUAAAAAGUCAGGGCGGUUCUGUGUCUCAAUCGCUUAGCAAUCGG